GACCGCUGAGAAACUUUCGCGCCUGCAAAUCAUUAUGGUGGAUGGGCCAGUGGAGGGAGGUGUUUAACAUUCAAUUCGUAAUAUAUUGAACCAUUAUUUAUCGUUGAAAAUAAGGAAUUAGACAUGACUAUUUACAAUCUCUACAUAUUUGAUCGAAACGGAACGUGCCUUUAUUACGAAUCCUGGAACAGAAAGAAGGAAAGCAACAUGUCCAAGGAAGAGGAAUUCAAGCUCAUGUAUGGUAUGUUGUACUCUAUCAAGUCAUUUGUGGCACGAAUGUCACCAUCUGAGUCAAAAGAUGGCUUUCUAAAUUACCGGACAAGUAAAUACAAAUUACAUUUCUAAGAAACACCAACAGGCCUUAAGUUCAUCUUGAACACAGACUUAAGUGCAGGUAGCACCAAAGAUGUUCUCUUCAAUAUCUACAGCAAGAUGUAUGUUGAGUAUGUGGUAAAAAAUCCGCUUUGUCAACUUAAUGAACCCAUCCAAAGUGAGUUAUUUGCCUCCAAGUUGGACUCGUAUAUUAGGAGUUUGACCAUCUUUAACUGACAUUAUUGUUAGAAUAUGACACCCAAAAUUGAAAAAAAAAAAAAAAAGAUUAUAAUUCAUUUGUCCUUCCCCUUUCUGAAGAAGAAGUCUUCAGCAUUGGAGACGACAUGGAGAGCUUGCCGGGUAUCGAACUUGAUACCAGAGUGGGCCAAAAUAUUUGUGCUGUUAUUUUGUUCUGACCAAUGACUCCAAAAGGAACAACAAAAGCAAAACUUCAACUGCAGUAAUUUUAUUUUUGUGUUUAGUUUGUCUAUCCCUGGUGUGAUUUACCUUUUUUGAGACAUUAUUCUAGAAAUAUAUCUGGGGCUCACAGUUUUAUGAAUUUUAUUCAAGGUAAUCAAGUAAUAUUAUUUUUCUCAUUAGUUUCUAUUCAUUAGUUUCUGUUCAUUAUUCCUUUUUUAAUCCUGCCAUUAGCAAUUUGUGAUGCCAAUAGUUUGUUUCAGUAAGAAUAUCUGAAACAAGAAAUGAAAAGCUACUGCUUUAAUCACAAGAUAUCUCAGAUGAUGUUGUAUUGUAAAAUAAGGGUAUAGUUGCUUUGCUUUGUAAAACAUAUUGAUAAGUGAGAAAAUAAAUAACAUAAUAAAUAUUA